UCGAAAUAGAUCAUUUGGGCGUAGAUAAUUGAUUAAAUUAAAGCAGCAUCAUUUUGGAUAAAGUUGUGCGUACAUGUGUUCCGCAAUCCGCAUGUGGCAUUGUUUCGUUUCCUUUGUACUCUACUGUUGCGGAAACUACAAAUCCCAUGCACCAUCACUUUAGGCAGGCGCGUAGUUUGAAUAUUAUUUUCCAUAACAUUUACGAAUUUGCUUAAUAGCUCUAAUACAUAUACACACAUGCUUAACCCCCAUUACCAAAAUAUCACAAAAAUAUAUUAUUUAAAAUAAUAUCACGUGAUCAUUGUUAUGGCACAAGAAGACGGAAAGCUACGCGUAGCUUGUAGUUAGCAUGUUUUCUAGCUGCCGUCUCUGUUAAAGCGCGUGAAGAUAAAUAAUGUGAUUUGGGUGUCGAAAUUAAAAAUUGGCAUUGGGCAGUCGGGUCCAAUGGAUACCAUGGAAGAGCUUCCAUCUAUGCUGUGGGGAUUGGAUCCUAUCUUUUCUGCGUUCGCCAGGCUACACAUCAGUGACAUUCACCACAUGAAAGAAUCCUGUCAAGUGCCAGAUAUUUAUUUCUACAAAUCGCAUCCGAUCUACAACGUUGAUGUUCUUGGGACAGUCGUUUAUAAGAAGGAAAGAGAGGACUUUUUCUGUUAUGGAGUGGACGACGGAACUGGUGUUAUAAACUGCCUGUGUUGGAAAAACGAUCCGAUAAAAGAGGGGGUGGAUUGUGGUAAAUCUUGGGGGAAACCAAGUGCUGGCUUUCAGGGAGGCUUUAAUCUAGCUGCUGAGCUGAAAAAGAUGAGACAGGCCCAAAAGAGCCACUGCCAUUUAGAGAUUGGGGAUCUUCUACGAAUCAGAGGACCAGUGAAGACUUCAAGGCAACAGAGAGAGAUUACAGCCUCUACCUACUAUAAAGUAAAUGAUCCAGUGAUGUCAGUCCAGAUUGAAUGGAUGAUUGAAGUUUUAAAGCUGUACAGAGAGUUCUAUGACAAACCACUUGAUUUGCAAACCUACAUGACAAAUGAGUCUCCCGUUAGUUCCCUUAGUAAAGCAACAAAUAUCCUCAAAGAUUUCUUCGAGCAGGGGUCUGUGAGCAAGUUCAGGCCUUAUGAUGUUCAGGACCUCCUGCUACCUCUGAUCACUAGUUGUACUGAAAUAGCACCUGGACAGCAGGAGCCUGUGGCGGGUCCAUCUCCAAGCCAACAACUAAGUAUGCUUCUUAAAGAGGCCCUGGAAGUUUUACAGAAUGAGGGUAUUGUGUACCGCAAGGUUAAAUCCCAGGAUGAAGUAUAUUUAGUGACUGCACAGGAUAAAGAUCUUCUAAUGGCAGUUAAAGACAUAAUCAGGGAAGACUCAAAAAGAGCAAUGUAUCGAGAGAAGGGUUGCCACAUCCUCCACAUCUUGUCUUCAGUCAGACAGCGCUACAGCUUGAACGUGAGCAAAACAGAGCUUGAGCUGGUUCUCAAAUUACUGGAGUGCAACAGUGACAUUGUUAGCACCAGAGAUAACUAUUUUACUAUUUUUGGCUUGGAUUAAGAGUUUUUACUGACUGUUUAUUAUUUAUAUAAAAAUAAAAUGAGCUAUUUAAAAAAUUGUUGUCAUACUAACUGUCAUACAUAUUAAUGAAUAGAUAUUGCUAUUAUUGCACAAAAUAAGCAAGGAACUCGAGCUGCCAUAUACCUGUCUAAAACCAACAUCUUCACGAGCUUUUCUUACACUGUUGCUGGUAUUUUGACCCAUUCCUUCAUGCAGAUCUCCUCUAGAGCAGUGAUGUUUUGGGGCUGUCGUUUGGCAACACAGACUUUCAACUCCCUUCACAGAUUUUCUAUGGAGUUGAGAUCUGGAGACUGGCUAGGCCACUCCAGGACCUUGAAAUGCUUCUUACGAAGCCACUCCUUUGUUGCCCUAGCUGUUUGUCUGGGAUCAUUGUCAUGCUGAAAGACCCAGCCACGUCUCAUCUUCAAUGCCCUUGCUGAUGGAAGGAGAUUUUCACUCAAAAUCUCUCGAUACAUGGCCCCAUUCAUUCUUUCCAAUACACAAAUCAGUCGUCCUGGUCCCUAUGCAGAAAAACAGCCCCAAAGCAUGAUCUUUCCAUCCCCAUGCUUCACAGUGGGUAUGGUGCAAUUCAGUAUUCUUUUUCCUCCAAACACGAGAAUCUGUGUUUCUACCAAAAAGUUCUUUUUUGGUUUCAUCUGACCAUAACCCAUUCUCCCAGUCCUCUUCUGGAUCAUCCAAAUGCUCUCUAGCGAACCGCAGACGGGCCUGGACGUGUACUUUCUUCAGUUGGAGGACACGUCUGGCAGUGCAGGAUUUGAGUCCCUGGCGGCGCAUUGUGUUACUGAUAGUAGCCUUUGUUACUCUGGUCCCAGCUCUCUGUGGGUCAUUCACUAGGUCCCCCCGUGUGGUUCUGGGAUUUUUGUUCACCGUUCUUGUUAUCAUUUUGACACCACGGGGUGAGGAGGGAGUUUAAAGUCCGUGUUGCCCAACGACAGCCCAAAACAUCACUGCUCUAGACGAGAUUUGCAUGGAGGAAUGGGCCAAAAUACCAGCAACAGUGUGUGAAAAGCUUGUGAAGAGUUACAGAAGAAGUUUGGCCUCUGUUAUUGCCAACAAAGGAUACAUAACAAAGUGUUGAGAUGAACUUUUGGUAUUGACCAAAUACUUAUUUUCCACCAUGAUUUGCAAAUAAAUUCUUUAAAAAUCAAACAAUACUAUUUUCUGUUUUGUUUUUCCACAUUCAGUCUCUCAUGGUUGAGGUAUACCCAUGUUGACAAUUACAGGCUUCUCUAAUAUUUUCGAGAACUUGCACAAUUAGUGGUUGACU